GCAUGCUGGCCGACGCGGUGGCAAUUGGCCUGAUGAAGCAGUCCCAAUGUUCGAGAAGAAGAAGGAAGCUGUGAUCCUCAUGGCAUGCAUUUCAUAUGACAGCAACCGCAUGGUCACCGUGUCAGUGAACGCAGCCACAGCGUCCAAGUUCAUCAGACCCAUGCCAGGGAUGAUGGAUGUGUGGUACGCGCCAGAGGACGCCUUGCGCGAAGCAGCUGGCAGCUUGCAAUGGUCCGUGUCAUUUGUUGACUUGAGCACCAAAGCAUCACCUCACAGCCGUGACAAUUGCAAGAUGGCAUUCUUCCACGAGAAGAAGAGAAAGAGUGAUGCAUCAGCUGUCAUUGACAGGACAGACGGACUGCUGAUCAACGAAGACAUUGAGCGGACAGAUAACAUUUGCAAGCGCCUGAAGACCAUCAAGGAGGAACUGGCGGCUGGCACGUUGAGCAAUCGAACGGCGUUUGAACAGCGCAGAGAGCUGGGUUUGAUGCUCCA